AUGGGGGGUUGCGUGGGCAAGCCGCCCCUCUCUCCCCCAGGCGUUCCCCGCGGCGACAGCUUCUUCGACGGCCCGCGCGACGCCGGAAGACGUAGAAGCGCCGCGCACGAAUCGGCGACGCGCAACAAGCUAGGAACAGAGGUUCCGCUGCCGCCGCUCGAGAGAAAAUCCAGCGGCGGGGUGCAGCGGUUCUCUGAGCCCGCCGCGCAAGCUACGCCGUCGCAGAAGCACGCGUGGGCGCAACCUUCCGCCGUCUGCGCGGACAAGCUACUGCCCGGCGCGGAUGACCGGGCGGGACGCCGGAGCGAGGAGGGCGCGUCGGGAUUCCUUCCCGGAUCGCCCCCCGACAGCUCCGAGUGGCAAGUAAACGAGCCGCUCGAUUUGUCCGUAAUCACGGGCCGUAGCGCCAUCCCCACGCCUCCGCGCAGCGGCGGCGCCACCGGCGGUGGCGCAGCGGCGGGUGCGCGGCAUCAUCCCGGCGAGGCGCGGUCAUCGUCCGGCUUGGCACCCGUGGUGAUGCCUACUCAUAUCGCAGGCCAAGCCGUUCCGAUCGGACCGCGCGGAUUCGAUGGGGACGAGUCGCGAGACGGAUCGCGGCAGAGCCUGGCGUCGCGCGGCGGCAACAGCUGUUGGUCCGCGACGGCCGGCGCGGCGGCGGCCGGCACGCCGACGAACCCGCCGCUGUAUGCGCGGAUGGCAGGGAGCAUGCACGGCGCGGGGAUGCUGAGCGGCGGGGGGAUAUUGGGCGGAAGGGGGAGCAGCGGGUACGGGAGCGGCGGCGGCAGCGGCGGGGGCGAUUCGAUGAAUGGCGGCGUGGUGGUGGGCAUGAGCAGCUCGUCCAUGCAUGCCGGCGCGAUCUCCGGUGGCGGCUCGGGGCACGGGAGCAGCGUGGCGCUUAGGGCGGCGCAGGCGGCGAAGCUGAGGGCGGCGCGGACGGCGCAGGAGAGGCACAACGUGCGCAUCGUGGGGACGGGCCCUGAGCUCCUCGUGCUCUCCCACGGCUUUGGCUUCAAUCAGUCCAUGUGGACGCAUGUGUUGGAAUCGUUUGACACCGCUCUGUACCGCAUUGUGCUCUACGACCUCACCGGUGCUGUAGGGUCAGACAGCGAUGCGUUUGACUUUCAGCGCUACAGCACGCUGCAUGGCUUCGCAGAGGACCUGCUACAGCUGCUCACAGAGAUGGGCGUCGAGGGCGACUGGGGCCAGCAGUGCACGCUGGUGGGGCACAGGCAGAGCGGCAUGAUCGCACUGCUGGCAGCCAUCGAGCGGCCCAAGCUCUUCAAACGCAUUGUGCUGCUCGCCUCUACGCCCAGGCUGCUGGAGGCCCCUCCCGACUACAACAGCAGCUUCGGCCUCGCUGACCUGGACAAGGUCUUUGGCAUCAUGCAGGGAAACUUCCGGUUGUGGACCAAGGGGUGUGCGCCAGUACUCAACGCGGAUGAUGUGAAGGCGCAGCAUGUGAGGGAGGUGACGCGGCCGCUCUUCUCGCUGCGCCCCGACGUUGCCUUCUCGUGCCUCAAGACCACCUUUGCCUGCGACCUGCGAGAAGUGCUGCCGCAGGUACAGGUACCAGUGGGCAUGCUCUUCCUAGAGGCAACCGCGCUAACCCCUCGGCUGUUUUUGAGUUUACUAAAAAGUCCACUCUCCCCCUCCCAUCCAUCCUCGCAGGUAGAGGUACCAGUGCACAUGCUCUUCCUAGAGGGCGACCCCGCCACCCCUCCGGCUGUAGCAGACUACAUGCUGCGCCACAUGCCCUGCGCUACAGCCGAGGCCCUCCCUGCCAGGUCCGUGCACCAGCAACCUGAUGUUGUUGCGGGCGGCAUUCUUCGGCUGCUUCAGGCCGCCCCGGAGAACUCCAGUGGGUCUCAGUUGACAGGUGGUGGGGGAGGGUUAGCGUCUCCGCCCUCUGAUGCAUGGAGUACACCCAUGGAAGUGGAAAUUAUAUAA